GUAUGAUCUGUAAAUAUUCGUCAUGGCCGGCAGUAAAGCUGCACAGUCGAUCAAUUCAAGAGAAGAACUGAACGAAUUGGUCAGAAGAAGAACAGAAAUAGCGGACACUCUUGCCAAUUUAGAAAGACAGAUCUACGCUUUUGAAGGAAGUUAUCUUGAAGACACACAGUUGUAUGGAAACAUAAUUCGUGGAUGGGAUCGUUACCUGGCAAAUACCAAAAACACAAACAGUAAAGCUGACAAAAGGAACAGAAAAUUUAAGGAAGCAGACCGGUUGUUCUCAAAGUCUUCUGUCACUUCUGCUGCUGCUGUCAGUGGAUUAGCAGACAACAGUGAUAAAAACAGGGAUCGAGAGCCACCAUCCAGCCCUGACUCCCAAAACAAUCAAAAUAGUGCCAACACACCGCAGACCAAUGGACAGGGUCCAGGAUCCCCAGGAGGUCACAGUGGUUCACAGAGUCAUUCAGGCAAGAUUCACAAAGGAGGUGGACCUAUCCGACACAAAAAGGGCAAAAACAAGUCUCGCCAUAGAGUUGAUGCUAAGCUGAAAAAAGGAAGAGAUGCCAUGGGAGAUUAACAUGGUGGAGUAAUGGAAUCCCAGAUUUACACAACUUAAAACAUGUGACGUGAUGGAAUCCUAUUCAAGUCCCUUUCUUAGUUGAUGUUGGCUCAGAGUGUUUCCAUGUAUGGGAGGACCAAGAUUUUCAGAACACUUUUCAAAUAUCUAUUACCAUUAAAAAAAGCAUUUAGAGAUGCUUUCAGUAUUUGUGAACAAACCAUUUAAAUAGAAUUUGGAAAAGUUUCUACUUCAGAGGAGCAAUGUUCAACUAAUAACAAGGUGAAACGACACUUCAGAAGCUUGUAACUAAUAGACCCUGUACAUGCGAGUCUGUGCUAAAAAGUAAAAGUUAUGAGAGUUACCACUUGACAAUGAUUGCUGGCUUGACCACCUGCUGGACGGAGUGAUCGACCAGUGACAUACUGCGGUCAGUUGACCUUGAUCUUGGGCCGUUUGACUUGUUGUAGUUCUUGCUUUGAUAGAGUACAGGCUUAGUCACUGUCAACAUUAUUGUUGUUGUGCAGUUAGAGAAACUGAGAUGUGUGAUGUUCAGAUUCGGAUUUUAAUAUUGACCAAGAAAUGUCAUGUAACAUCUUUCUGGCUAUUACCCUUUAUAGCCUGUUGAAUCUAAUAUUUAUUAAUAUUGAUAGAUAAGAAUGGAUGCAUACAUAUAUGAAACUUUGUAUGCCAGAAUCUGGAAUCGGUUAUUAUUCAGAAUUUAAAAUAAGGCAUGGGAUUAAUAGUGCAAAUUAAAAUGCCUGGACAAAUUUCAUGAUGUUUCACCUUAACCCCAAAUAUUUCACCAUUUCUUUCUCUGUCUUUGGGAGAGUGCUAAAGUACAUUUAAGCAGUGUUGAAAGGAAUGUCUGACUGAAAGUGCAUGUAAAAUGUUUGAUUUUGUGGAUGUCUUGUAUCAAUGUAUGUACCCUAAGGUAUUCAGGAAAAUACCAUGUGUGUAGGCAUACGUUUGUUAUAAUGUACUUUAAGAUGCUCCCUGUUAAAAUUUUAAGAUUCAAAAUUAGUACGCUAUUUAGAUAUUAAAGACAUUCUUGCAAUUUAGACAUUAACUUAUGUUCAGAUUUGAAUUCGAAUAAAUGAAAUAUAAAAAAAAUGUGUUAC